AUGGCGAAUUUAAGCUGUAGAGGUAACACAUAUUAUUGCCCUCAAUGUGGCAUGAUCUUUCUAGUCUGUAAUAACAAAGCAAUUGCCGAAAGAUCGUUCGAGUAUCGGGAAAACUCACAGAAGAGUGAAAAGGAUAGAUGUGUCAUUCCUCAAAAUAGCGCCUAUCAAUGUUACUGCUGUUAUUGCAAUGGAGUUAUGGAAAUGUUCUGCUGUCCAAUAACUGGAGGCGAUUUUGAUAACUUGGAUGCUAAACGACGAAUUAAUGAUGUGACAGGCGAUAAAAAAAUUGAACGCUCGAAUUAUAAAACAUCAACCGCCAGCGCAGGCGGAUUACAAAUAUCAAAAAGAGUUAAAGGAAGAAGUUCUAAAACAUUUAAAGACAAAUUAAAGAGCAAAUAUAAUAGUUAUAUUGGGUCCGGUUCAAAAGAUUCAUUAACAAAUGAAACACCUAGAAAACUAACAAAUUUUAGAAAAGAUAAGACUACUAAAAUGAACAUGACUACGUUUUAUGGAAAAGGAGCCAAAGAUAAGAUGCAAAAAUCUGUUUCUAUACUGAAUGAAAAACAAGGCAAAAACUUAAAAAAAUUUAAUCAAAAUCAAAGUGAUGCUAUAAAACAAAAAAACAAAAUACAUGCAGAUAACCCACAAAUAAAAUUGAAUAAAUUGAUCCAGAAAGAAAUUGUCCGAACUUCUAAAAUGAACAAUAUCUCUAAAGAGGUCACGCUAGCUAGAUUACAACAACAAAAAAUUGAACACGACGCCAAAAAUUACGCCAAAAAAAGUGUUAUGCUUAAAAAAUCUGAUAAAUUAAAUAAAAAAACAAUUAACAACAAAAUCAAUAAAAUAGAUUCAUAUAAUAAAAUAACAAAAAAAAAUUUUCAGAAAGUUCGUGAAAAACAGAACAAUAUAAUGUCUUCUAAGCGAACAAUCUCAAAUGGCCAAAAAUUCAUUGAUAAAUUAGUGAGUAAUCGACGUGAAUCUAAACAUUUAUCAGCAAAAGAUUUAAAAGCGAUCGCUUCGAAAUCUAACAACCGAGAAAAAGUAAAAAAAAUUUUUGAAACCGAAGAUGGUUUUUCAAGCGUGCUACCGAUAUAUAAAAAAGAGAAAUUGGCUGCAGAGCUAGCUGGUGAAAAGAAUAGAGCAAAACUGAAAAAAAGGCUAGAAACGGUAAUGACAGGUAAUUCACUGUCUGGUUCACUUCAAGAUGAGAAUUCUUAUGAUGAUGAACCUGAGUCUAAAAAUAGUCUAUCAUCUGAAGUGUCAAUAAGCAAGAAAGAAUCGGUAAGAAAAAGCCAACUCUCCGAGAACAAACUGUUAAAAAAUAACGCGCAAUUUAUUAAAAGUCAAAAAGAGGCCAAUUUUGUUAAAAGACUAAUGCUUAGAAAAUUAGUUAGUAGUCGAAGCUUAGGGGACAUGAUAGAAAAAAAGAUGAAAGAAAGAGAAAAUUUUUUAAAAUCAGAAAUAUACAAUGAUGACAGAAUUUUUGAUGAAGAUGUAUCUAUUUUCAAAAAACAAGUGAAAACUCCUGAAUCUAAACGAACAAACAAAUCAAAAUUUAACAAAGGGCAGCUUCCUAAGUUAACUUUGUAUGAUAAAAUAAACGCAAAAUCUACGCUGUAUGAAAGGGUUAACAAAAAAUCUAAGUUAAUUGAGCGCGUGCGUAACAGGUCGGUGUUAAGUGAUGAAAUAUCAAAAAAAUCUUAUAAAUCUGAUAAGAAAAAAUGGACGAAAAGCAACGCUGCUAUUAAAAAACCUUUGAGUUCUGAAGACCUAUUAGUAAAGUCUAAAAUAUCUGACUAUGCAAAACCGUCAAUAAUUGAAAGGCAUGGCAAUAAAUUAAAAAUCUUUAAGAGAAUGAAUAGGAUGGGAUCAAAACCUAAAAUCGAUACGAUUGAUAAUAAUGUUGUUAAAAGGACAGUCGCUGAUCAGGACGUGGUGAAACCUAAUUUGUUUAACAAAUUCAAUACAAAACCUUCAUUACCUGCUCAAGACAAUUUGCAGUCUCUUGAAUUCGAAACAGAUAAAACCCCAUCCUAUUUAUUGUUCCAUCAAAACUGUAUCACAGGAAACAAUCCAUUACAACUGUUUCAGUUUGAUUACGAUCAGAUUUUGCGCUACCGACAGAACCUCAUAAAAGAACGUUGGGGAACCUUGAGUCCCUUACCACAUUUUGGUUGCAAAAUUGUAAAUUGA